UUUGUAAAACUGGUCGAAGACUAGCUUUGGUCAAGAAAAGUAAAACAGAUACCAUAGAUUCUGAAAGGCACGCUACAAAAAAACACAAACCCAGGCCAAGAUAACCCAACAACCACGACUACCAUCUCUGUGCAGGUCCAUAACUCUGGUAAGCUGUUCCCUGUGUAAUCGAUAACCCAGUUCUCUUUGCAAUCUAAUUUCUUCCAUUGUAAAGAAGAAAACAUGGCUGGGGCCUUGGUGGGAGGAGCAUUUCUCUCUGCUUUCCUUCAAGUUUUGUUUGAUAGAAUUGCAUCUAGCGAGGUUGCUGACUUUUUCCGGGGAAGAAUACUCAGCAAUGGACUACUAAGGAAAUUGAAGAUAGCAUUGCUGUCUGUGAAUGCAGUGCUUGAAGAUGCAGAGGAAAAGCAAGUUACAAAGUCAGCUGUGAAAGAGUGGCUUGAUGAGCUGAAAGAUGCUGUCUAUGAUGCAGAGGAUAUUUUGGAUGAAAUUGCUUCUAAAGCCUUGCAACGCAAGUUGGAUGCUGAAUUUCUAACCACAGGAUGCAAGGCACGAAGCUUCAUCUCUACUUCUCUUAAUCCUUUUGCCAAGGAGAUAGAACCAAAGAUUCAAGAGGUACUUGACAGACUAGAAUACUUAGCAAGACAAAAGGAUGUUAUCGGUCUAAGAGAAGUUGUUGGAGGAAAACCGUCAGAAAGAUUGCCUACAACUUCUUUGGUUGAAGAAUCUGAUAUUUGUGGUAGGGAUGAUGAUAAGGAGGCAAUAGUCAACUUGUUGCUCUCAGAUGAUGCAAGUGGCAGUGAGAUGUGUGUGAUUGCCAUGGUUGGCAUGGGGGGAAUUGGCAAGACCACCCUUGCUCAGCUUGUAUACAAUGACACUAGGGUGAAGGAGCAUUUUAACCUUGAAGCAUGGGUUUGUGUUUCAGAAGAAUUUGAUGUGUUUAAGGUAACAAAAACAAUUCUUGAGGCAGUAACUUUGUCAACUUGUGAUAUUAAGGAUCUAAAUCGGCUUCAAGUUACGUUGAAAGAGAAGUUAAAGGGGAAGAAGUUUCUACUUGUUUUAGAUGAUGUUUGGAAUGAGGAUUAUGUUGAUUGGGAGGUCCUAAAGAAUUCCUUUAAAUCUGGGGUUCAAGGAAGUAAGGUCAUUGUAACAACACGCAAUGCAAGUGUUGCAUCUGUCAUGCGCCCUAUUGCAACUCAUCAUCUAAAGCAGUUAACAGAUGAAGAUUGCUGGUCAUUAUUUGCAAAACAUGCAUUUGAUGAUAGCAACUCUGAGGCACAUCUGGAGCUAGAAGUAAUAGGUAGACAAAUUGUGAAAAAGUGCAAAGGCCUACCUUUAGCAGCCAAGACAAUUGGGGCUCUCUUGCGGUCUAAACUAGAUGUUGAUGAAUGGGAUAAGAUAUUGAAGAGUGAAUUGUGGGAUUUGUCAAAGGAUGGGGGCAACAUUCUCCCUGCUCUUAGAUUAAGCUACAAAUAUCUCCCCUCACCUCUAAAGCAAUGCUUUGCUUACUGUUCAAUAUUCCCAAAGGAUUAUAUUGUUAGAAAAGAUCAAUUAGUGUUAUUAUGGAUGGCAGAAGGUUUCUUGCAACAAUACAAAAACAAAACAAUGGAAGAAGUGGGUGAUGAGUACUUCCUUAACCUAGUUUCAAGAUCAUUAUUCCAACAAUCAAGUAGUGAUAAAUCACAUUUUAUAAUGCAUGAUCUUGUCAAUGACUUAGCCAAAUUUGUAUCUGGCCAAUUCAGCUUUAGAUUGGAGGGUGACUAUUCUCAUGAACUUGUGAACAAGACUCGCCAUUUGUCUUAUUUCAAAACAAGAUUUGAUAGUUCUAAAAAGUUUGAGGAUCUUUACAAGGCUAAGCGGUUACGCACCUUCCUCUCUUUGACAUUGCCACCAAGCAGUGAGACUUUUUACUUAACUAAAAAGGUAACACAUGAUUUGCUGCCAAUGCUAAGAUGCUUACGGGUGCUCUCUCUAUCUCAUUAUAGUAAUAUGACUGAUUUGCCUGAUUCAAUUGGCAAAAUUAAGCAUCUACGCUAUUUGAACCUUUCUUUCACUGCAGUUAAAAGGCUGCCUGAUUCCAUAUGUAAGUUGUGCAAUUUGCAAACACUGAAGUUAUUGGGUUGUCGAUAUCUUGCUGUGUUGCCAAAAGAUAUGUGGAGACUCAUUAAUUUACGUCAUCUUGAUAUUACCGAAACUAGCAUAAAGGAGAUGCCAAUACAAAUGGGUAGACUAAAAUGUCUCCAUACAUUGACUACUUUUAUCAUUAGCAAACAUAGUGGGUCUUGCAUCGGAGAGCUGGGGAAACUUUCAAGUCUUCGGGGAAUGCUUUCUAUUCUGGAGCUUCAAAAUGUUGCAUCUCCUACAGAUGCCUUGAAUGCAGGCUUGAAGGAUAAGAGGUACCUUGAGGAGUUGGUGUUGGAAUGGAGUGCUGAUACUAGAGUUUCAGAAAGUGAAAGAACUGUACUUGACAGUCUCCAGCCCCAUACAAACUUGAAAAGUCUGACUAUGAACUACUAUAGUGGUAAAAGUAUUUCAGAUUGGGUAGGGCAUCAUUCAUUCUCUAACAUAACACGUAUGCAUCUAAAAAAUUGUAAAUAUUGCUUUUGCUUGCCACCACUUGGGCAGCUACCCUCUCUGCAGGACCUCUCUAUUGUUGGGUUUGAUGGAGUUAUUAAAGUGGGCACUGAGUUUUAUUGCAGUGGUUCUUCUUCGAUUAACCCUUUUGGAGCCCUAAAAGUUAUAAGGUUCGAUCAAAUGUUGAAGUGGAAGGAAUGGUCUUCUUUUGCUUCUGAAAAUGAAGGCGGAGCUUUUCCUCAUCUUGAAGAACUUUAUAUUCAAAACUGCCCUGAGCUAAUGGGAGGUUUGCCCCUCCAUUUUCCUUCUUUAACCAAACUUGUGAUUAUUGAGUGCCCGCAGCUUGUGGCUUCACUCCCAAGAGCUCCUGCUCUAUGGGAUAUGCAGUUAUUACAUUGUAAUGAGGUUCUGUUAAAGGAAUUGCCAUCUAGAAUGCAGAAGCUCAAAGUUGGAGGAUUUGGUGCACUAAAGUCCCUACCCGAGGGAAUGAUGGACGGAAAAACUUGUCUUCAAGAGUUAGAAGUCUGUGACUGUUCCUCACUUAUGUCCUUUCCCAAGAGUGGUAUACCCUCUACGUUAAAAACCCUCAAGAUCACAAACUGUAGGAAGCUAGAGUUUCCAAUGAACCAGAAUUUUUCAUCCCUUGAAAGAUUCUUUUUAAUAGAUAGUUGUGAUUCUCUCAGUACCUUUCCAUUGGACUUGUUCCCAAAGCUUUAUGAUAUCAUAAUCAGGGGGUGUCGGAAUCUAGAAUCUCUUUCAAUUCCAGAGGAAUAUCUCCAUGAUUUAAUGACCUUGCAAAUUCAAAUCCAUGAUUGCCCCAAUUUUGUAUCUUUUCCAAAAGGAGGGCUACCCACCCCCAACCUAACAUGGUUUUGGGUCACCAAUUGUGGGAUUCUGAGGUCACUACCUAAAAAGAUGCAUAUAUUCCUUACAUCUCUCAAGUAUUUGCGUAUAGAAGAUUGUCCAGAAGUUGAGUCUUUUCCUGAAGGGGGUUUGCCUUCCAAUCUGAAUUUGAUUUCCAUCCUCAGUUGUGACAAACUCAUUGCCAGCUGCAAGGGGUGGGAUUUGCAACAACUCCCCUCCGUUAGAAAAUUGUCAAUCAGUGGUAAAUCUGAAGAUGUGAGGUCCUUUCCUGAGGAAGGGUUUCUGCCCAUUAAUCUUACCUUUCUUUACAUCUCUAAAUUCCCAGCUAUGGAAUCCUUAAACAAGAAGGGGCUUCAACACCUCACUUCUCUUGAACAGUUGUGGAUCCAAGAUUGCCCUAAGCUCAAGUACAUGCCGGAUGAGGGGUUUCCUGCAUCCCUUUCUUUCCUCCGGAUCAAUGAAUGUCCUUUGCUGAAGAAAAGUUGUCAAAGGAAAAAGGGAAAAGAAUGGCGCAAGAUUGCUCACAUUGACUGCGUGAUGAUCGAUGAAGAAUUGAUUGCAUGAGGAGUCCCCCACCUCCUGUUCCUAUGUUCAGACAACAGAUGGAUAGUGAAAUUAACUCAGGUUUUACAGUUAGAAAUUACGAUGCUGUCUGUACAAAGCAGGAGGUGCUCUACAAUUCUAAAGGUUUGUUCAGGUACGCCUUUUCCACCCAUCUCUUGGGGGCUUGGAAAUGUAUUGUGUCACAACUGAGGGGAUUUG